AUGUUAGAUUUAAUUAUUUUUGUAAUCUAUUAUUAUUUUUAUUUAACAAGAAUAUAUAACCCCCUCAAUAAUAAUAUCGAUAAUAAUAAUAAUAUUGAUAAUAAUAAUAAUAAUAAUAAUGAUAAUAAUAAUAUUGAUAAUAAUAAUAACAAUAAUAAUAAUAAUAAUAAUAAUAAUAAUAAUAAUGAUAAUAAUAAUAAUAAUAUAGAUAAUAUAGAUAAUAAUAAUAAUAACAAUAACAAUAACCAAAAUGACAACUGCAAAAUAUUCAACCCAAUCACCGCUCCAACAAAUUAUUCAGUAUGUCAUCCACAACAAUCACAACAACCACAGCAACCACAACCACAGCAACCAUCACAACAACCACAACAAUCACAACAACCACAACAACCACAGCAACCACAACAAUCACAGCAACCACAACAACCACAACAACCACAACAACCACAACAACCACAACAACCACAACAACCACAACAACCACAACAACCACAACAACCACAACAACCACAACCAUCUCCUCUAUCAAGAUUCAAAGCUGCCCGUAAACGUUUAAGAGAACGUUUACAACUCUAUCAUUUAAAAAAUAAAAGCGAAAUCCCAGGAGAUGGCAACUGCCAAAUGCACUCUCUUUCAGAUCAACUCUAUGGUGACUUGGACCAUAGUUAUGAAAUCAGAUGCAUUAUUGUUCAAUGGCUUAGACGUAAUAAGAAUUUCUUCCUCUCAAACGGAGAGGCCAUUAGUAAAUUUUCCGAUGAAAACUGGGAAGUAUAUUGUACUAGAAUGGCAAAAAGUGGCUUUUGGGGUGACCAUUUAACUUUGCUUGCUGCUGCCGAAAUUUAUAAAGCCAAUAUUUCAAUUAUAUCUUCGGUAGAAUCCCACAAUUACUUCGUUGAAAUUACACCAAUUUCCGUCAAAGCCGAUAAAACAAUACUUUUAUCACAUCACGCAGAAUCCCAUUAUGGUUCAUUAUGUAUGAGAACCAAUUAA